AUGGACUUCUUCAAAAAGGUCGGCGAGCACGUCGAGGGUCUCAGCCAGCAGGUUGAGAAUGCCUUUGGCGGCAAGGAAGAGCAGCAGCAUUCUGAAUCUCACGGCGGAGGGAGCCACAGCUAUAACGCUCAGCAGACCGCCAACAACCGCUACCAGUCCUUUGCCCCAGAGUCUAGCGGCAACGCCAAGUGGUAUGUCGACGGCGCCUCUUACUUCUGGGCCGUCUCGCAGGCGAUUGAGCAGGCCCGGGAGAACAUCUUCAUCCUCGAUUGGUGGCUGAGCCCUGAGCUGUACCUCCGUCGUCCUCCGGCCAAGAAUGAGCAAUAUCGACUGGACCGUAUGCUCAAGGCCGCUGCCGACCGGGGUGUCAAGGUUUAUAUCAUCGUCUACAAGGAGGUUGAGGCAGCCCUCACUCUGAAUUCGGCGCAUACGAGAACCUCUCUAGAGAAACUCAGCGAUAAUAUCCGCGUUUUCCGGCACCCUGACCAUCUUCCUACUGGCUAUGACCUCACCAAGGAGCUGGGCAAGUCGUUCAAGGCUUUGACCAACAUGGAUCUGGCCAAGGCUUCUGGUGAUGCCAUCAAGGCUGUCUAUGGUACUGCAGACGGCAUUGUUCUGUACUGGGCACACCACGAGAAGUUGCUCGUUGUCGACAAUGGAAAACUUGCCUUUAUGGGUGGACUUGAUAUGUGUUUCGGACGAUGGGACACCAGCAGCCACCCGAUCGCCGACGCUCAUCCUGGUGACUUGGACGCCAUCAUCUUCCCCGGACAGGACUACAACAAUGCCCGAGUCUAUGACUUUGCCGACGUUCAAGACUGGAACCAGAACAAGCUUGACCGUACCAAGAGCUCUAGAAUGGGCUGGUCUGAUGUCGCUCUGAGCAUGAACGGACCCAUCACUAGCAACCUUGUCGAUCAUUUCGUCGACCGAUGGAACUUCAUUUUCAAGGAGAAAUAUGCCAAGAAGAACCCAGGCAACUGCUCUGAGUGGUCUUCUGGUCAUCCUGUCGAACACUCCAUCGCCAAUGCAUACACCGAAGCCAUUCGCAACGCCAGACACUUUGUCUAUAUCGAGAAUCAGUUCUUCAUCACCGCUACCGAUGACAAGCAGCGUCCUGUUAAGAACAAGAUCGGUGCUGCCAUUGUGGACCGAAUCGUCCGUGCCUUUCAAGAAGGACAACCCUUCCACGUCUGGGUGCUCAUGCCAGCCGUCCCUGCAUUUGCCGGCGACCUGCAGGCCGAGGAGGCACUGGGAACUCGCGCCAUUAUGGAAUUCCAGUACAACUCGAUCAGCCGCGGUGGCUACAGUAUCAUCGAACAACUCCGCAAGGCCGGUAUCCGUGACCCUGGCAGGUACAUUGGAUUCUACAACCUCCGCAACUAUGACCGCAUCAACACGUCUCGAACCAUGGCCGAUGUGGAGGCCCGCGCUGGUGUGUCCUACGAAGAGGCGAGAAGGGAAAGGGACCAGGAACUUGGUGGCUACCCUGACUCAGACUAUCGUGGUGGUGACGAGAACCGUGGAUACUCCGAGUCUAGAGGAUAUCAAUCCGAGUCUAGGGGAUACCAAAGCGAGAGGUCUGGUGGUAGAUAUGAUCGGGAUGACGACCGUGGUGGUUAUUCUGACUCUAGAUAUGGUGGUAGGCCCAGGGAUGAUGACUACCGUGGAGGAUAUCAAGAAAACAGACAGGGCGGUAGGGAUCCAUACAGCCACCCGGGUGCCGACCCUCGCUUUGAGGGGAGACCUCAGCGCCAGGAGUACCAAGGGGGGUACUCCAGUCCUGCCUAUGGCGGUAGGCCACAUGAUGACGAUUAUGGCCGCCGACCCGACUCUCAAGGCUACGGCCGAAGACCUGAGCGCGACGAUUACCGUCACCCCGGCGCGGACCCAAGGUUCGACGGCAGACCGGAGCCUGGUCGGUACCAGGGAGGACACGAAGAGUCGAGGUACGACAGUCGACCACAGCGUCAAGAGUAUCAGGGGGGCGGAUACUCUGAGCAUUCGAGAUACGAGCAAAAGACGACUACGUACGAGAACCAGUCCGGCCAGUCUCGCCCCUCACACGAUCGAUACGACAGAUAUCAGCAAGAGGCCCACAAGGUUGCGGAUAGGACUCUCGAUACCAUCAGCUCUUGCUACAUGGAUCAAGGUCCCAGGGUUACUGACCUGCGCUGGGACGGCAACCCUGAGGAUGAGAUCAACUCUUUCGUGACUGAGGAGCUCUACAUCCACAGCAAGCUCCUCAUCGUCGAUGAUCGUCUCGUCAUCUGCGGCUCAGCCAACCUGAACGAUCGUUCCCAGCUAGGAUCCCACGACUCCGAGAUCGCUGUUGUCAUCGAGGAUCCCACCCCCGUCGAGUCCUACAUGGACGGCCGCCCCUACACGGCCUCCCGCUUCGCCUCGUCCCUCCGGCGCUACAUCUUCCGCAAGCACCUCGGCCUCAUCCCCGACCAGCGCUGGGAUCAGCCCAACCAGAACUGGACCCCCGUCGACCGUGACCCCAACGUAUACGACUGGGGCUCCCCAGCCGACCUCCUGGUCCGCGACCCGCUGCACCCCAAGUUCCAGCAGCUCUGGACCGACACGGCGCGCGUCAACACCGAGACCUUCAGCAGGGCCUUUCACCCCGUUCCCAACGACCACGUCCGCACCUGGAAGGACUAUGACGACUUCUUUGCCCGUCACUUCAUCAUCCCCGGCAAGAAGGGCCAGAAGCCCGAGGAGGAGGCCAAGAAGGGCAAGAUCGAGUACGGCCACAUUAUUCGCGAGGAGUUCCCCGGCGGUGUCAACGAGGUCAGGCAGUGGCUGUCGCGCAUCCGCGGUACCCUUGUGGAGAUGCCUCUCGACUUCCUUGUCGACGUCGACGAUAUUGCCAAGGAGGGUCUGGCUCUCAACGAUCUUACCAAUGAGCUUUACACCUAG